AUGGAGAUUAUAGAAAGGAGCUUGUGUACCUGGUGGUGGGGAACUACAGAGUGUGAUUUUCACUUCAAACCUUCAGAUGGAAGAUCAGGCGACAUCAUUACAAUCUGGGACAACAAAGAAUUAUGUGUAAAAGAGAGAAUAGUGAAGGAUCAUUACAUCUGGCUGAAGGGAGAAUGGGUGAGAAGCAAGGUAAUCACUGACACAAAUAUCAACUUUAAGCAAAUCUCAGAACAGGAGAGGAAGGAGUUGGUUGAAGAAUUCUCAGAGGAAGAGAUCCGUAAAGCAGUGUGGGAUUGUGACAACUCAAAAAUCCGGGAUCCCGACGAUGUAAACUUUGGGUUUCUGAAAGAGUUAUGGUGUGAUGUUAAAGCUGAUUUCAAAAGAGUGCUGGAAAAGUUUCACAAACAUGGAAGGAUAGUUAGAGGGGAAAAUUCUUCCUUUAUCGUGUUAAUCCCAAAGAAGAAGAAUCCUACAAAACUGGAGAACUUCUGA